AGUUUGCGGCGAACUUCUUUUCUCGGUCUCUGAUUGGAGCAGGCGGGCCACGCCCCGUCUCUGAGGGGUGGCAUGCCGGCAGCCUCCAUGGCCCAGGACCCGGCGAAGCUGCAAGCCGAGGUGGAUCGGCUGACGGCCGAGCUGCGGAAGGCGACGCAGGAGAACGUCCAGGCGGCGCAAUACGGGCUGGCCGUGCUGGAGGAGAACGGCGAGCUCAAGCAGCACUGCAGCGAGCUGGAAGGCCAGCUGGAGAUGAUGCGCUUGGAGGUGGCCCACAUGAAGGAGGCCUUGACGGAGUCCCACAGUGUUCACAAAAGGGCCGCGGCCGACGGGGAGAGCCGGGAAGAGCACUUUCUUCGAGAGGCGGCCUCCAAGGAGGCUCGCUUGAGCCAGUGCAUUGAGGACCUCCACGGCGACGUGAGGCACCUGCGGUCCCAGCUGGAGAGCAAGGCUACGGAGAGCGAGCGCCUGGAGGCGGCUCUGCAGGACCUGAGGAAGGAAUGCCAGAGCAUGGACUCGGAGCGCGCCCGGCUGCGUGAGCAACUGAAACAGGUGAAGGCAAGAGAGCUGCGUCAGCUGCAGGACUGCACAGAGCUGGAGGAGGAGAACAUCUCCCUGCAGAAGCAGGUCUCCGUGCUCAAGGGCAGCCAGGUGGAGUUUGAGAGCGUCAAACGUGCGCUCAGCUGCCGGGAGGAGGAGCUGGUGCUUGCGGGCAGCCAGCUGUCGGAACUGGGGCGCCUGCGGGAUCUGGCAGAGCACCAGCUGCAGGAGGCGCUGGAGACCCUGCAGGCAGAGCGGGAGCAGAAGCAGGAGCUGCGGCGGGAGCUGGCCGCCUGCUCCCGGGGGCCCCAUGCCUCGCCCAACAGCUUGCAGGCCAACCUGGAGGAGCUGAGCUACAGCCAGGCGGAAGGCGAGGAACAGGACAGCGGCUUCGCCAACGGCAGCACCCUGGGGGACGGCCUGGCCUCCGCGGCCCACUGCAGCCGGCCCGCCCCGAGCCUUGUGGCGGACCUCUUCAGCGAGCUCAGCCUAGCGGAGAUCCACAAGCUGCAAGAGCAGCUGCUCCAGGCAGAAAACGAGAAGACCUCCCUGGCUUCCGACCUGCAGGAACUGAAGACGCAGCUCACCACCACCAAGGAGGCCCUGGCUCAGCAGCAGCUGCGCAACAGCCGGGACGCGCCGCACUGUCAGGCCUUGGAGGCCGGCCCUCACCGAGACAGGACCUCACCGAGACAGUCGCUCCAGGAGAGGGAGGACUGCUGCGAGGCGGUGAAGAAGGCCCAGCUGACUGCCCAAAGGGAGAAGGAGGUGGCUGCCCAGCUGGAAGUGGACUUGAGGGUUGCCCGCAGGAUCGCCCUGGAGUGCCAGUCACGCCUGGCUCAGGUCCAGGAGGAGCUCCUGGGCUUCUCGGAGGAGCUGGCGGGGCUGUACCACCAUGUCUGCACCUGCCACAGCAUCACCCCGCAGCGGGUGGUCUUGGAUUACUACCGGGAGGGCCGCGGAGCCCAGAGCGCGCGCCGGAGGUGGUCUUCCAGGAAGCCAGAGGUGGGCAGCAGCGGUGACCGGUCUCCCAGCAGCAGCCCUGGCUCACCCUGCGGCUUGGAGCCCCUCCACUCGGCCAGCCUGACGGGCGUCCUGCGGGAGCAGCUGGGGCACCUGCAGGUGGCGCUGUCCCUUGCGCUCCAGCAGAGCCCCGCGGGGCACGGGGCGGAACUGGAGCGGGACCAGGAGACGCUGGUGGAGGAAGUGCUGAAGCUGAAGUCCCUGCUGAGCACCAAGCGGGAGCAGAUCGCCACCCUGCGCACGGUCCUGAAGGCCAACAAGCAGACAGCCGAGGCGGCCCUCUCCAAUCUCAAAAGCCAGUACGAAGGCGAGAAGGUGCUCAUGUCGGAGAUGAUGGCCAAGCUGCGGCACGAGCUCAAAGCCUUGAAGGAAGACGCGGCGACCUUCUGUUCGCUGCGCGCCAUGUUUGCCAGCAGGUGUGACCAGUACGUGACCCAGCUGGACGAGAUGCAGCGGCAGCUGGCCGCAGCCGAGGAUGAGAAGAAGACGCUGAGCUCCCUGCUGCGCAUGGCCAUUCAGCAGAAGCUGGCGCUCACCCAGCGCUUGGAGUCCCUGGAGAACCCUGUGGAGGUGCGGGGGGCCAGGCGGAGGCCCCUCCGAACGGCCAAGAGCACCGUGGUAAGGACGAGAGGGGCACAGGGCUCUGUUCAGAAGGGAGGGAGAUGA